UCCGGACUGCUGAUUGGUUUUGCCUCUUCUGAUCCAGCUAUUGGAAACAUUAUCCUUCACGUUGGACUACAAGGAAUGACAGCAGUGUCCCUUCUGCUACUCCCCGUGCUGUCACAUACGUACAGUCUCCAAAUGAUUUUCAGUGCCCUGUAUGGUACAUACAGUCAGGGACCUUACACAUUGGUUAGUCCUAUAUGCAUUGAGCUGAUAGGCCGAUCCAAAUUGGCCGUUGGAUAUGGUAUAUGUUCCUUUUGCUUUGGACUCGGCAGCAUGGUUGGACCACCCAUUGCAAGUCUUAUUUAUGAAAGUACUGGGGUGUAUGACUUAACGUUUCUUUUCUCAGGUGCCUGUUUCAUCAUUAGUGCCUUCCUCGCCUUGUGUAUUCCAUUGACCAAGAAGCCAAAAUAAAUGGAUGUUUAAAUCUAUGUAUGAAUAGAUAUAGUAUUUUUUAUCCCCCGCAACGAAUUGGGACGGGGCUGUUGGUUUGACUUCCGUCCGUCCGUCCGAGGUGAUGCGGAGAGAUCUUCCCAAAAACCGUCAUAGACAUGGAAACAAAAUUUGGUAUGUGCUUUCAGGACAUGAUGGAGAUCGCAAACGGAAACCGUGUUACAACUUGUUACAGAGUUAAAUAUAAUUUGCACAUUGUAUAGAGAAGCACAAACGUCAUUCGGACACAACAUUUUGCACAAACUGGCACGUUAAAACAUUUUACGACUUUGCAUUAGGCACAUGUUUUGGAGUUGUCCAGGUUUUGAUAUCUAUGGACUUUUUGAGGAGUCACUCAGUUGGAUGUCAAGGCAGAAGUAAGAGACAACUUUGAGUAGCUAUACGAAUACCAUUUUGAACAAAUCAAACAACUUACUUUCCCAUUGUUUGGGUGGCUAUUCUAGAUUUAAA